AGUGCCCCCCCUCCCCAGGUCCUCCAGGGACAACCCCAGAGACACUCGGUGCAGCCUGCACAGUCCGUGUGAUCGGUGUCAGUCGGUGAGGCGCGAGAUGAGGCUGCUUCCAGCUGCCGUUACUCUGUCCCUGACGGUGGCCCUCGCGUACUACGUGUACAUCCCGAUGCCCGAUGCCAUCCAGGAGCCGUGGAAGCUCAUGCUGCUGGAUGCAGGAUUCCGAGGCACGAUGCAACUGGCCUCCUUGAAGGCUUGGCUGGGCUUUGACAAUUACAUCACGUCAAUCCGCCGGUCCACAGCGGGUUUUGACGACAUAAUGGAGGGGCUGCUGAGUCCCCAGUCCGGCGGAGGGGUCAUGCCCGGAGUCAAAGUCAGCGACAUCACUUUCGCCGGCGUCCCGGUCCGUGUGUACGAGCCCCCAGCCGGAGGCGAGGGUCACCUGAGGAGAGGCCUGAUGUUUAUCCACGGGGGAGGCUGGGCCCUCGGCACUGGGAAGAGGGGCUCGUAUGAUACGAUCAACCGGAUGCUGUCUGACGAGCUCAACACUGUCGUGGUCUCCGUUGAGUAUCGCCUGUAUCCAGAGGUGCACUUUCCAGUGCCCUACUUAGACUGCCUCGCUGCUGCCAAGCACUUCCUGUCCCCAGAGGUCCAGGCCAGGUACGCCAUCGACCCCGAGCGCGUGGCUGUGGCAGGUGACAGUGCCGGAGGAAACCUGGCUGCCGCGGUUGCUCAAGAGAUUUCCUCAGAUGAGACCAUGAGUGCGACAUUCAGCGUUCAGGCGCUGAUCUACCCGGUGCUCCAGGCUCUGGACUUCAACACGCCCUCCUACCUGCAGAACCAAAACAUACCCAUCCUCUACCGGCCCCUCAUGGUGCACUUCUGGCUGCAGUACCUCGGCGCUGACCUCUCCCUCCUGUCCCAGGCGCUGGCCAACAACCACAGCUCCUUGGAAAACCCCAACCUCACCCCGGAGCUGAGGGCGCGUCUAGACUGGACCGCCCUCCUGCCGCCGAAGCACAAGCGGGACUACAAGCCUCUGAUUCCCAAGAAGGGUUCCCAGGGGACAUGGAAAGAGGUGCCGGGCCUGCUGGACGUCAGGGCGUCGCCACUGCUAGCAGGGCCAGAGGUCCUGGCGAAGUGCCCCCGAGCGUACGUCCUGACGUGCGAGUACGACGUGCUGAGGGACGAGGGCCUGAUGUACGCACGGCGCUUACAGGACGCGGGCGUCUCGGUGACCAGCGACCAUUACGAGGACGGCUUCCACGGAUGCUUCAGCUUUAUUACCUGGCCAAUGGAAUUUGACGUGGGGAAGAGAGCGCUGAGGGGUUACCUCGACUGGCUGCAGAACAACUUGUAGGAGCGUGUGUGCGUGCGGGGGUGAGUGAGCGGGUGAAAGGGUGUUUGUGGUUGCAUGCAUUAUGUUUGUUUCACUGCUUCAUCAAGCAGAGACUUGUUAAGGGCUAAUACACGUUAUUUCGGUCUUCAAAAGAAAAGCUCAGGGCCCUCAUGUUCUUGCAGAUAGACACACAGUCACGUGACGUAUGAAGGUCUGGUAGCGGUGAAAGGGCAGAUGUGUUGACCGUAACAUGGCUUACAUUGUGACCAGCUUACAAAAAUACCUUAAAAUAUCUAGACUUGAAAAAGCUUUGCACCUGUGUAAUAGAUAAGCAAUGAAUCUGCUUCCACUGCGGUACACGUACCUUCACUGAUUUUUAUUCCCACAACACAUGAGCAAUAUAUUUCACAUGUUAUUGGUUUUAUACUCAACUUUUAGAAUGAAACCCACAAAAAUAAAAGUCAGCAGUAACUCAAACUGUCUGUUGCACUUAAGAAAAAUAAAGACAAGAAAUGUGAUAAUGCAAAGUUCCUCCUCCACCAGUUUGGUCUGAAAUGUCAACAUUGGAUUUAUUGGUGUGUUUCGCAACGACCGUGGUGACGUCCGCGACUGCAUUUAUGUUUGUGAAUUUUCAGUUAAAUGUUUUUGUCAGACUGGUUCACAUGCACACCAUUCAUUUGUAAUAACUUUUGUGACCUGUGAACUUUGAAAUAUCUAAUCAGAA